AAUUAUGCUUGCAGGUGGUCGUCGUUCUAUCCAUGGAAAAACAGAAGAAUGGUAUUUAUUUUAUAAAAUUUUUGGACCAGGCUAAACCUCGCAACGUCAUUUCUAAAUUAUUUUUGACUCUUAAAAUUACAAACAAAACUUCAUAUAACGCUAUUGUAGUCGCAGAAUUCGGUCGUUGUUACGUAGGGUUUGCUAGGGCGAUCAACAUUAUGGAAAAACUUCCUCAUCAUUGCCAAGACAAUGGGGUAUUUUUUCGGAAACAGGAUUACAUGGAUCUUGACAUGAUGAGUGAUGGUUUGCGAACAACUUUUAAAUUUAACAAGAUUCCAGACUUUUACACGAUUGACGAUCAGGAAUAUUAUGCGGCAGAGAUUAAAGUGGCCGGCCUGAAAGUUGGUACGGCUGCUCUAGCGACCGAGGACAUACUCAACGUGAAGAUGCAGGAAGUAGAAGGUGGUCAACGAAUACGAAAUUUCAAUUUCGAAAUUCCACCCGAGGCGAACGCGCGAAAAGUAUCUGUAGAAGUAUUCAAUGGCGACACGAUCUUCGUUCGCGCCCCACUAAAGGGGAAGUACGUAUGACCGUGAUGGCAUUCCGUGUAGUCAGU